GGCCAACAGAAUCUUUCCCACCUUUGUCCACUGCCACCUCAGGCACAGUCUUGGGCGGCAGCUCCUUGGGGUGCCCCUCUGUGCCUGCUGUGACAGGGCUUCCACAGGCACCUUCAUGGAUGGACUGUUGGGCCCUCUGAAGCCAUCCUCUCUACCGCCCCCACCGCCUCCUGACAGGUGCUGCUGCCAAAAGCCUCCCCUUGGGGUAGUCACUUCAGCGGGCGCCAUCUUUGCUGCAGUUGUCACUGUGGCCUGAUCACAGCUCCAGUUCAGGCACAGACUGCCGAGUCCCUCUUUCUAUGUCUGCCACCGAGGAUCCAAGUCUGAUGCCAGGUGGCCAGGACCCCAGACCCCUCGGGGUCCUGGUGUCACCUUCAGAAGGGGUGGAUAGAGUCGCGGAGGGCGACUUCCCAGCUUCUGAAGGGCUUUCCAGCACCCUUCCUGAGAAGGAGGGUGGGCGGGACGCUGCCCAGGCUGCAGAACAGAGCUGGGAUGUAGAGCUGCUAGAAGAGGAGGAUGAGGGAGAUGAGGACAAGGAAGAGGAGGAAGAAGAAUAGGAAGAGGAGGAAGAGGAGUUUGAUUUCGAGUUCGGGGACCAGGAAGACGAUGAGUACCAGUCGCCAGAUUUUGAGUAUGAGUUUGGGAACCAGGAGUAGUCUGAGUCAGAAGAGGGGGAGGCCAACAGGGAAGAGAAUGAGGAGGAGGAAGAAACUGAAGAGGAUGAAGACAACGUCCAAGCCCAAGAGCCCGAAGAAGUCGCAGUGGCUCCUCCUGAGGCCCCAUGGCGUGGUUCCAGACCCUCUUCGGGUCUCUGGUCCACUCUCUUCUACACCGUAUCCAUGAUAAUGACCGUGUCCUGGUCCAGCCCCACACAGGCUGCAUGGUGGUCAGGCGCCCCUCCCCGGAGCCCCAGGACCGUGGAGAGGGACCUGCACCUCCAGAGGCAGAAGAACCAAGAAGAGGACCAGCAGUCCUGGAUUAGGAGCACCCGAGACAGGAAGAAGAAGUCUGGAUGGGUGAGUACCAGGCAGAGGGCACCCCGCCCUGGGGGCGGCAGGCACCAACAGAGGGCCCUGCAUCCCAAAAGGCAGAGGAACCUGCAGCAGAGGCCCGGGGCAAUGCCUCCAAGUCCUGGGAGGAUGGGGCCUGCGUACCCUUCAAGUUCCAAGAUGGUGAGUGGCGGCCAAGUCCUCAGGCCCUUGAAGCCCCCACUGGGGCACCCAGCUCAAAGGCAGGUGGUACUCAGCACUUGCCUUUAGCCAUUGAGUCAAAGCUCUCAGAAACCUUCAGGCCCAGUAUGCCCAAGUAGAAGCUCAAUUCUACAGAGAUUCUCACGAUCUAGAGAAAAAGUAUGCUGCCUUCUACCAACCUCUGUUUGAUAAGAGAUCUGAGAUCAUCAAUGCAAUCCACGAGCCCACAGAAGGUGAAUGUCAGUGGCAAGUAGGUGUUCAGGAAGGUGCGUGUGGAGAUAUGGAAAGAGAGCCUGUGGAGAGAAGGGCACACAAAUGGCAUACCUCACUUUUGGUUGACAGCUUUUAAAAUUGUGAAGAUCCUCAACAGGAUGAUCCAAAAAAAUGAUGAGCUUGUACUAGAGCACUUGGAAGAUGUAAAAAUUAAAAUUUCAGGGUUCGAGGAACCAAUGAGAUUCACCAUAGAAUUCAUCUUCAAGUCAAACGAAUACUUUUGCAUCAAAGUCCUGACAAAAACCUACCACAUGCAAUCGGAACCAGAUGAUUCUGAUCCCUUCUUCUCCAAAGGGCCAGAAAUUAUCAGCAGCACAGGGUGCAAGAUUUACUGGAAAGAGGGGAAAGAUGUCACUGUGAAAACCAGCAAGCUGCAGAGAGGUAAGGGCCGCAGAAGUUUUGCAUCCACCACCAGGACGAUGCCUGGCUAUUCUUUCUUCACCUACUUCUAUCCUCCUCAUUCUCCUGAGGGCAGAGAGAUGGAUGUCACCACCGAUUAUAAAUUGGGCUAUUUUUUCCGUGAAGUUCUGGUCCCGAAGUCCUUGUUAUUCUUCACUAAUGAAGCGAGAGAUUGUAACUACGAAAGUGCUGAUUAUGAUGCCCGAGAAGCUGGAGGUGAGGAAAAGAAAGUAGAAGUGAUCAGAAAUGAAGAGUUUGACAAAGGACCUGGAAAAGAUCUGGACCCAGAAGAGAGCAGUUGCUAAGAACCCAGUUUUAAGACCUACAUAGAAGGACACCAUGGAGGAAGAAACAAUGAAUUUGUUCUGCCCAGUUUUUGAUUUUCUGCUUUUCGAAUGCCUGUUUUUUUUUGCAGAUUUCUUCACAGAAAACCCAAUAUCUAGCAACACCUGACUUUUACCUCCCCAGAUAAAUUUGUCAGCAUUUGUUCAAGUUAAAAAUAAAGUUUUCUUGAAUAAUUUGCAGUAUUUUUAGAUAUAUUAACAGACACAAACUUAUCUUUGUAUAUUUUUGUUUUGGCCCACCUUACUGUAAUUUAAAGGGAUCACUUUCUACCAUGUUUUA